UAUUGGAGAGUUGAAGCAGAGAAAUUUGCAAUGGAGAAAGAAGUUGGAGCUCGCAGAGAAGACGACGAACCUCUAACACCUGUGGGAAGAUUCUUCCUUCAACCAGAAAUGAAUCAAGUGAUCAGUUGUGUGGUUGGGAUGAAGAAUUCAAUCGAUCUGGAAGCCCUGAAAGACGCAAUCAAGGAUUCACUCAUGCUUCAACACCCAAGGUUUAAUAGUGUCUUGGUGAGAGACAGGCAAGGGAGAGAGCACUGGAGAAGAACUAAGCUUGACCUAGACAAGCAUGUUUUCCUCCGAGAAAUCGGUAGCGAAGAAAACGAUGACGAUGAGACUGUGGUGAACGAUUACUUGGCAGAUCUGGCUGUAUCAUCGCCGCUGAGUACGGAGAAGCCGCUUUGGGAGUUUCAUGUGGUAAGGGAACGAAAGUGUUGUGUAUUGAGAAUCCAUCACGCUUUGGGGGAUGGAAUUUCGUUGAUGUCUCUGUUCAUUGCUUGUUGUCGGAAAGUCGAUCAACCUGAUCAGAUGGCUACAAUCCCUAAUAAUCCUUCUUCUUCAGCAAAUUCGAUUUCGAGGAGAAGUGAAGAGAUUGGAAUUGGUGGGAGAUUGAAGUGGAUAUGGAAGAUGUUGUUGAGAUUGGUGAUGGUUGCUUGGUUUACUUUGGUUUAUGCGACGGAGUUCAUGCUUAGAAGUCUUUGGGUGAAAGAUGAGAAGACGGCCAUUACCGGAGGUGAAGGAGUGGAGCUGUGGCCAAGGAAGAUCGCUACCGCUAAGUUCAGUAUCGACGACAUGAAAGCCGUCAAGAAAGCUCUCGUUGACGCGACCAUCAAUGAUGUUCUUUUUGGUGUGAUAUCAUCCGGACUAUCAAGAUACUUGGAUUUGAAGACUUCAAAGACAGAACCACGCGAAGGGACUCAAAUCUCAGGUUUAUCAAUGGUUAACAUAAGAAAACAGCCAGGAUUGCAGGAACUGUCAAAGCUGGUGAAGAGUAGUAAGUCAGGAGGAUCAAGGUGGGGUAACCAAUUUGGGUAUAUGAUUCUUCCUGUUUAUUAUCAUAGAGAAGUCAAUGAUCCUCUUCAGUAUGUAAAGAGAGCUAAAGCUAUGAUUGACAAGAAGAAGCUUUCUUUGGAAGCACACUUCUCAUACAGGCUUGGAGCAUUAGCAUUGUCCCUUUUGGGCCCAAAGGUAGCGGUGUAUCUCAACUACAGGAUUAUCUGUAAUACUACAUUCACAAUGUCGAAUGUUCUUGGGCCACAAGAGGAGAUUAUGGUGGCUGGGAAUCCUAUCACUUACAUUCGGGUGAAUACGGCUGCCUUGGCUCAUGCAAUUACAAUGCACAUGGUGAGUUAUGCAGGAAAGGCAGAGAUGCAAAUCCUUGUGGCAAAAGACAUCAUUCCUGAUCCUAAGCUUCUGGCCAAAUGUUUUGAAGAUGCAUUGCUUGAAAUGAAGGAUGCUGCUGUCAACUCCACCAAAGUCUAAGAGGUCUCUUGAAUUAUUUACCAUAAACUGAGGAGGGGAAGAUCUUCAAUUACCUGUUCUAAUUGUUAUAGAAAAGUUCAAAAUGAUCUGGUUAUUAAUU